GCAUAGCUGACCCGCUAGCUAUGGUCUGACACCUCCUGAUUUCAGAUCUGCCCUGAAAACAGUUACAUGAAUAUGCCCCUGCUACUUAGAAUACUAUUAGGCCUGGAGUCUGAAGUAGACCUCCAAACCCCAACCAAUCAGGUAAGGGAGAAAAGUGAUAGGCUAACAUUCCCUGGCGCUCAUAGUGUACUAUUCCAUCACAAUUAUUUCACUUUUUAUCCCUUCCUCUCAGAUAGAAGAAAAAGCUGGAUUUCGUUAGGGUUCUGGAUGAAGACUCUCCACAGUUCCUUUGGGCUUGUUCAUCUCCACUUCUUUUUGUAUCCCCGGGCAACUUUCCUGCAGCUUCCCCGAUAGGAGUAUUUUCCAGACCCGGCCCGGGGCGGCCUGCCCCGCCCCCACUGUCCCCCCGGGACGUGCGCUGAGGCCAGCUCUCCCGCUACCUCGGGCGGACCAAAGUCAGGGGAGGCGGGAGCCGCGGCGUCGCCUCCUCCACGCUGCUCUCACCCCGUUCAAUCUGGCUAUUUGCUCUCGGAUCCGGCUGUUUGAUGCCAGCUUAGGCUGGCCGUCCUGGGCUCGGCAGGGGCUCUGCGGGACGGAGGGGUGGCGCCCGAGGCCUGUGGGGCGGGUGGGCUGCGAGCGGCUGGCACGGCGCGGGGACCCAGCGCUCCAGGCGGGAAAGGGGGCGGCGGCCGGCUGGGACCAAGCCCCGGAGGCGCGGCGGGCGCGUGGCGGACCCGGGACGCCCGGCCGGGGGAUUGGCCUCCGCACCGCUGCUCCCGGCGCGUCCCUCGUCGCCUCGGACGUCGACUCAGGCCUCUUCCUCCGAGCAGCCCUCAGUGGCGCAGCCUUAGUGCUCCGGGUCGAGCCCGGGGAGGAAAAGCCUGGGGACGGCAGGAGCGUGACCUGCGCGCCGAAGUAGGUGUGCGGGAGGGCGGCGCGCGGCGGUCAAGCCGGGGAGGCCGGAGGGGCAGCGACCUCUGCGGGCGGGCGGGCGGGAGGCGGACGCGCCGAGGCUGAAGGGCCUCCCUGUCCGGGACCGCCGGCUGCAGAACUCGGGCCCUCCGCGCGUGGGAGCAGAAGCGUCGCCCUGGCUGCGCGCUCACGACGACCCGGCGAGGUCCGCGAAUCCUGGGUUAGGGUUUGUCAAGUCACCUCGAGCGACUCGGGGAGAACCCGGCUUUCCCACUAGGGGCGGUGAUCGCAGUGUCUUUCCUUUAGAAAGUUACUCCGACACUUUGGAUCAUCCGUCCAUAGCAAGGAGGAAAAGCAGAGAGCGUGGUUUGUCCCCGGGGAGGGAGCGUUGGAGGAUCCCGUCCAGGGGGAGGAGCCAGCUUUAGCCGAGCGGCUCGUCCAGCCCGCGGGCGCUGCAGCCGGGUAAAGGGUUAACUGCAUCCUGCCGGUUCGGUUUACAUGUAAAUAGAGAGCAGCUGCUCCGCGCGGCCCCGGCUGGCUCUUUUAAGUUUUUGAUUGGUUGCCAAUGACAUCACCGCCCGUGUUAUAACACAGAGGACCCAGAGCCGCGUCGGAUAAGCCCUCCUUAAGGAGACGAGGCCACGCCUUCUUCCCCGCCCCCUAGGCUGCCCAUUGGCCGAAGGGCUCUGUGAGGUAGCGGUCGGCUUUCCCCGGACUUUUAUUGGUCCAACGCGCCGUCGGUCGGCGGCGGGCCCGCCCCCUCGGAACCUUACAUUUACAGUGUAGCAAAAGAGAAAGUAACUAUGUUGCUGCUGGAGAUCAAUGAAGCCAAGUGAAUGGGGGCUGAAUGUGCGAGUCCAUAGCUGAAGCCGAGCGCCAGAUGGUGGAGGGCUACACUUAUUUAUGAAACUGUCUUGAGUUCUUCUUGAAUUGCCAGUUUUCAGCCUCCUCAUGCCUCCGUCUCCUUUAGACGACAGGGUAGUAGUGGCACUAUCUAGGCCCGUCCGACCUCAGGAUCUCAACCUUUGUUUAGACUCUAGCUACCUUGGCUCUGCCGCCCCAGGCAGUAACAGCCACCCUCCUGUCAUCGCCACCACCGUUGUGUCCCUCAAGGCUGCGAAUCUGACGUAUAUGCCCUCAUCCAGCGGCUCUGCCCGCUCUCUGAAUUGUGGAUGCAGCAGUGCCAGCUGCUGCACUGUGGCAACCUACGACAAGGACAAUCAGGCCCAAACCCAAGCCAUCGCCGCUGGCACCACCACCACUGCCAUCGGAACCUCUACCACCUGCCCUGCUAACCAGAUGGUCAACAAUAAUGAGAAUACAGGCUCUUUAAGUCCAUCAGGUGGGGUGGGCAGCCCUGUGUCAGGGACCCCCAAACAGCUAGCCAGCAUCAAAAUAAUCUACCCCAAUGACUUGGCAAAGAAGAUGACCAAAGGCAGCAAGAGUCACCUGCCAAGUCAGGGUCCUGUCAUCAUUGACUGCAGGCCCUUCAUGGAGUACAACAAGAGUCACAUCCAAGGAGCUGUCCACAUUAACUGUGCCGAUAAGAUCAGCCGGCGGAGACUGCAGCAGGGCAAGAUCACUGUCCUAGACUUGAUUUCCUGUAGGGAAGGCAAGGACUCUUUCAAGAGGAUCUUUUCCAAAGAAAUUAUAGUCUAUGAUGAGAAUACCAAUGAGCCGAGCCGAGUGAUGCCCUCCCAGCCACUUCACAUAGUCCUCGAGUCCCUGAAGAGAGAAGGCAAAGAACCUCUGGUGUUGAAAGGUGGACUUAGUAGUUUUAAGCAGAACCAUGAAAACCUCUGUGACAACUCCCUCCAGCUCCAAGAGUGCCGGGAGGUGGGGGGCGGCGCAUCUGCGGCCUCGAGCUUGCUACCUCAGCCCAUCCCCACCACCCCUGACAUCGAGAACGCUGAGCUCACCCCCAUCUUGCCCUUCCUGUUCCUUGGCAAUGAGCAGGAUGCUCAGGACCUGGACACCAUGCAGCGGCUGAACAUCGGCUACGUCAUCAACGUCACCACUCACCUUCCCCUCUACCACUAUGAGAAAGGCCUGUUCAGCUACAAGCGGCUGCCGGCCACCGACAGCAACAAGCAGAACCUGCGGCAGUACUUUGAAGAGGCUUUUGAGUUCAUUGAGGAAGCUCAGCAGUGUGGGAAGGGGCUUCUCAUCCACUGCCAGGCUGGGGUGUCCCGCUCCGCCACCAUCGUCAUUGCUUACUUGAUGAAGCACACUCGGAUGACCAUGACUGAUGCUUAUAAAUUUGUCAAAGGCAAACGACCAAUUAUCUCCCCAAACCUUAACUUCAUGGGGCAGUUGCUGGAGUUCGAGGAAGACCUAAACAAUGGUGUGACACCGAGAAUCCUUACACCAAAGCUGAUGGGCGUGGAGACGGUUGUGUGACGAUGGUCUGGAUGGAAAGGAUUCCUGCUCUCCAUUAGGAGACGACGAGGAAGGAGGAUGGAUUCUGGUUUUUUUCUUUUUCUUUUUUUUUUAGUUGGGAGUAAAGUUUGUGAAUGGAAACAAACUUGUUUAAACACUUUAUUUUUAACAAGUGUGAGAAGACUAUAACUUUUGAUGCCACUGAGAUUCACCUCCCGUGAACUGACAAAUUAGGGAGAGUAAAGAAGUAAUUUUUUUAAGCCAACAAUAAAAAUGUAAUACAACUCGUUUCUCCCCCUUUUCCUUUUAAGCUAUUUGUAGAGUUUAUGACUAAGUAGUCUGUGCAGGUUCAUAGACUGAAAAUACUACACACUUUAAACCAAUUUAAAAGAACCAAAACUAAAUAGAAAAGACAUUGAAUCACCAAGGCCUGGGGUCCUCCUGGGCUGUCCACAUAGAAAACAAAAACCUACCAAACCAGGCCCUGUUGUGCUCACUGGUGCAAAGAGAGAAUCAGGGCAGCUUAAGUGGUCUAAGAAUCCUUCAGGCAUUCUUUAAAGAGACAAAGGAUAUCUUUGAUUUUGUGUGUUUCAUGCUCUGGAUUUUUUUUUUUCCUUCUCUGGGUUUAAGAGAUUUUUUUUUUUAAAUAGUAAGGAACUGACCAUUAUACCGUAUGCCCUCACUGGCUUCUUGUGCAAUAAUAUGAUGUUUUAAGUGUGCAAACAAGUUAGAGCUGGCAGCUGAAUGAUAGACAAAUAUUGCAAAUUUGCCAGCUUGGAGAUAGAAAGGAAUUCAACAAUAUAUCAGUUACUUUCCUUCCCACCUUUUUCCGUUUUUUUUUUGAUUUGAUUCUGGUUACAGUGCCAUAAACCUUGUUACAUAUGUAUAUCCGAAUGUAAGAAAAAGAGAAAAAAUUAUUUAAAAAUAUUUUUCGCAAAAAAAACCUUGUUGUGUUUCUGUUGAUUGUGUAAAAAUUUAUUUUCAUUAUAUAAAUGAAACUGG